GUGUAGUAGAAAUGUAUGCAUUUUAGAUUAAUAAACAGAAGAAUUAAAAAACUCUUGUACAAUUUCUUUUACAUUGGUAAAAAUGUCAACAGAAUAUAGUAGAAGUGUUUUAAGAAUGGUGGUUGCUCAAAUUUGCCAAACAAUUGGAUGGCAUUCAAUUAAUUCGACACCGUUAGAGUUUAUGGUUGAUCUUAUGCAAGAAUAUAUUUUGCAAAUUUCAAAACUUACUCAUCAAUAUGCAGAAAUUCUGGGAAGGACAGAAGCAAAUCUUGAUGAUUUAGGUUUAGCAUUCCAGCAUAUGAAUAUUGAUAUACAGGAAUUAACAGCAUAUAUUAAAAAUGUUGACUCUGUUCCAUGUCCUAUAGCAGUACCUAAAUUUCCAGUUCGACAUGAGAAUCACUUAAACUUUUUAAAACCUGGAAGUCGAGAAGUUGUAACAAGGCCAGUACAUGUACAUGAACAUUUACCAGCUAUGUACCCUGAUACUGAAGAAGAGUAUGUAGCAGAGAAAGCAGAGAAUGUAAUAAAUAGAACACCAGAUUUAACAUUGAGUAAUGGAACAUCAACGAAUAGUUCUAUCAAUGUAUCUCCUCACAGAAUAUCACCACAAGUCGUUUUCAAGAGACCAGGAGAUCCUGUCUCAUUUGAAAGUCCUAUAGUAAAGCGUGUGAAAGUAUUAGAAGAGGGUAGACCAUUACGUGAAAUUCAUAGUGUAAUGAUGACUACUUCAGGUUUUUUAUCACCUGCUCGAGAAGGAAAAUUACCCGAAGCAAGAACACCGCAUCAAACCUGUUCAGAUUCACCACAACCUAGCUCCUACCCAAUGGUACCCCCUGAAUUAAAGUAUGAUAAGAAACCAAAAAAGAUUAUAAAAAAAGGUCUGGAGGAUUGUAAACUUGAUAAAGAAAACAAGAAAAAAAAUCGCGCUAAAGAAUUAUUUAAACCGGAUAAGAUAGAUAAUAAAAUUAAAAAAUUGGCUAGUAUGAAAGAAUUAGCUAAAUUGAAACCCCUAAAGUCAGUAGGUGGAAAGUUACAAAGUACUAUGCCAAGUUCAUCAAGCAGACCAUCUACUCCUAAAUUAAUGUCUCCUAAGACAGCUGGUAGCCCAAAAUUGCAGAAAAAUACACAGCCAAAGACAAAAACAGAAAAAGUAAUCGACCUUACUGCUGGAUCUCCUCCACCCAAUGAAAAGAAAGAAGAUAAUAUUGAUAAACUUCCAUCAGAACCAGACAAACAAAAAUUGAAUAUUUUUAAAAAGAUUUCAAAACCGCGGGAGGAUAAAGACAAAGACAUAUCAGAACAACAUAAAUACAAAGAACUUGAUUCAAGAGAAAGUUCUCCAGGAUUGGUGAUUGAUGAAAAUAUAGAUAAGCAGGCAUUUCGUAAUGACAAUGAUGUAAAACGAGAUGAAAAGAAGACUCCACAUACGCCAGAUGUUCAUCUUCAACCAGAUGGAGGAGAAUUAACUGAUCUACAAAGUCCAGGAUCAGAUGUUUAUAUGUUUGAUGAUAUGUCACCGCCAGGGACUCCGAGUACACCGAGAACUCCAGAAUUAAACAUGCCAACAACGCCUACGGAUCAUAAAAAAAAGAGGAAAGAGAAGAUUAAUAAAAAGAAGGAAUUAAAAUCAAGAAGCCCCAAACAUUGCGUCAGUCCAAAGAAGACAAAGCUUACCAACGAUGCGCCAGAACCGGAUAUACUAGAUCGACCAAAAACACCACAGGCACCCGAACCUCAGAUUUCCAAAGAACCAAGUUUUCCACCAACGAUACCAUUUCCUUUCUUUUCAACGUUUCCUCCAGCACCUGGUUUAAUACCUCAUCCUAUGUUUCCUAGGUUUCCACUACCUUUGGGAAGAGGUAGUACUGGCCCUCAUCCAGCAAUGCCAAAUUUGCCAUUGCCACCUCGCUUCUUAAAUUUACCACCAAAAGCUGAAGACUUUUGUACUUUACCAAAAAAUAAAUCUCUUGAACGUGAAAAACUUCCUCCAGCACAUUCAUCCACUGAAAUAACACCUUCAAUGACAAAACACGAAAAAGUGGAAAAAGAAAAGGGAGAUAAACCAAAGGUGGUUAAACAGGACAAAGAGAUACCUCCGCCAGUUCCUGCAAGUAUUAUUGCACCACCUUUAUCAUCUGCACUUGUAACACCAAUUACGUAUCCUACACCAGUACCUAUUGUACCAUUAUUACCUUCAAAAACUCCCAAAGUUGAAAAACAGGAUAAAAAUGAUAAGAAAUCAAAGGAACAUAAGAGGGAAAAGAAAGAUAAAUUAAAAAAGAAAAAAGAUAAAAAAGAAAAACAUAAAGAAAAAGGAGAAAAAAUAAAGGAUAAAAAGGAUAAAAUAGAUAAAAAAGAAAAGAUUGAUAAAACUAAAGAAAAGAAAGAAAAGAAAGAUAAACGAAAAGAAAAAGAGGUACAAAAGUCAUUAUUUAGUGUACUUUUCUUGUCAUUUUUGCGAAACAGAAUUUAAAGUAAAGAAAUUAAUAUCUUAAUAUCAUUUUUAUAGAAAGAAGAUAAAGUUUCGGAAGCUGUACCAAAGAUAACAUUAAAAUUAGGAACAGCUUCUCCAAGACCCCCAACGCCAGAUGCUACUCCAAUGAAGAAAAUAACUAUAAAGACAUUGCUGAAGAAGCCUGAGGAUGAGACGAAACGAGAACCAAGUCCAGAGUUGGCGAAGAUAUCAGCGUUAGUAACGCGACCGCCAAAGCAAAAGUCGGCAAGUAAGAAAACAGAGGAGGGAACGUUAGAUGGAAGCCCUGCUCUUCCUACAGAUACUUUCUCUGCCAAUCUUACUAGUGUGCCACUCGCGACAGUUCCUCGAGCAAAGAAAUCUCUCUUCAAAGCCUUACCUCAAAGAGAGACUCCUUCGUCUCAAUUUGAUCCUGUUCCUAAGCUCCCAACUCCUCUGACGCAACAACAACCACCGUAUUAUUUUGAUCAAGGUGGCCAUCAAGUUUGGAUAUGUCCUGCAUGUGGUAAUCAGGAUGAUGGAUCACCCAUGGUGGGUUGCGAUGAUUGCGACGCGUGGUAUCACUGGGUAUGUGUUGGUAUGCAAGUACCACCAGCUGACAACGAGGAUUGGUAUUGCCGCCUUUGUAUAGCGAAGAAACAAGAACUUCAUCAUGAUAAAAAGAAGAAAAAAAGGAAGAAAAAAGUCAAAGUUGCUGCCUAGUACAAGCUACCCGGGUCUUGUGUAAGAUCCGGCAUAACAAUUCAAACUGCUACCAAAGUUAAAAAAGACAGCAAGCUCAGUGUGAAGAGUAUAAAAAACAAGAAAUUGUCAAAAACUGAAAUGAAGUUACAAAUGAAAUCGUUAAAAGAAAAAUCUGUA